GAGAUGCGAGUCUCGCCCCACCGAAAGAUGACCGACUUGUGCAAGAGCGCGAACCCGCCGGAUUUUUUUCCGGCCAACUUCCAAGAGGACCACUUCCCCUUCGAUAUAGCAGACCUCCUGAACUUCACCUACGAGUCCGACGAGUCGUCCGACGUGAAGUUGGUGGACUCCGGUACCCCGGUCGAGAGCCCCAACUUCCCUGCUGCCAAUUCCGGUGAAGCACUCCAGCAAGUAGGCGAUUCCGGCGAAGUGCCCCACCAAGUGGGCGAUUCCGGCAAGAGGAAUGGAUCGAAGAAGAGAAAAGGAGAGCCAUGCAGGGUUGCAUUCAGGACAAUGUCGGAAGUAGAGAUCAUGGACGACGGCUACAGAUGGAGGAAGUACGGGAAGAAGUCUGUCAAGAACAGCCCCAACCCUAGAAAUUACUACCGGUGCUCCUGUGCUGGAUGCAACGUGAAGAAGAGAGUAGAGAGGGACAGGGAGGACAACAGAUUCGUGAUAACCACGUACGAGGGCGUGCACAACCACGAGAGCCCCUGCAUCAUCUACUGCAUCGCUCCUCGCCCAGCCGAUAAUCUUGGUCAAUUGUUCCACGUCAGUAACCCUGCCAUUAAUGGGGCUAACCAGACGAUUGCAGCUGCUUUCAUGGCGCAAGACGCGUCCCUACAACUUCUGCAGCCAUUACAGUUGCCUCUGUAGCUGCAGAUGAACAGCGCCGCUUCUAUGAAUGUCGACUUCAUCCUAUAUGGAAGCCACAAAAGCGUACCUGAGCCCUUCUGCUAGGGAAGAUGAAGGGGGCGCAGGUCGUUUACAGAGCGGAUUAUCAGGAACUUGCUACCAUCUUCCUAAUUUCUUUCGUUUUCGCCGUUUCGGAAGGUUGUGGUCUUCCUUUUCAUGGGCUCCUUGAAUCGAGAGUUCAGGUACCCUUUUGUGGUUUCCUCAUCUGUUUAUACAGUAAUCGCCAUUUUAGAUUCAGAA